UACACUUUCGACAAAGCAGUGCAAAGAUCAAGCGACAGAACCGCAACCAAACUCACGAAGCCAUUCCCCAAAAGACAUCAGAAACAACCAAAAUGAAGAACCAGUCCCUUUCUCUUGCCCUUCUCGCAACUCUGACGUCCUUCCUCGUCGGCCGUGUUGUGUCCGUCGACGUCGACUACGAGGCCUUGAACGCAGCUGCCGAGGUAGGUGACAAACACCGAUUGCGUGUGAUCUGGUGCCCGGAAUGAUAAACGGCAUCGAAUGCCGCAACCGUGCGAUCUGCUGCUUUCGUUUGUGCUUGUUGUUGUUGUUGUUGUUGUUGUUGUUGUGCGUGUUGUUGUUUUUGUUGUUGUUGUCUGUGUUCAGUCUGCUCCAUAGUUUCCCGGCGCACCAACACUCACCAAAACAACACCACGAAUCCGUUCCCCCCACGCCCCGCAACCAACGCAGAAAAACCCGGCAUUCCGCCGGUCGCUGGAAAACAGGCACCGCCGGUCGCUGCAGAACAAGGACAAGCCGGCCUUUGACUUUUUCGAUCCCGACGAGGACACGUGCGACAACUCGAAAAACCCGACCGAAGACCGGGCCCUCCUGUCGGCGUGCGAUUUCAGCCGGUUCCCGACCUGCGGGGACAAUGAGGAAAUCUGCUACAACCGCAAGCCCAGCCGGGACCACUUCCACCGGGACAACCACCAGCACAAGUUUUACAUCCAGUACGAUCGGGUCUUUUGCUAUCCCGACUCGUGGGGUGGCUGCUCCUCGUGCACGCCAGGAAGAUACUGCAAAUCAGAAAAGAGAUGCAUCCUGGAGGAAGUGGGAUACCCUUGCCAGGAGUGGUUCUAAGAGAGAACCGAAGAAACGCACGGCGUGCAACAGUUGGAGAUGACGAAACCACGACGAGACAAUCGGAAUGCGGACAGGGCAAAAGCAUUUCGAUUCCGUACUUUAUAUAUCCGGUGCAACGAAACCAAUAUCGCUGGAACCAAACCACCAGGAACACGUUUUUGCGGAACAUUUUCUCCCUUGUCCCUCGUGCGAACAAUUCCCGGGGCAUUCCGUGAAGAAAAUCCCAGGGAAACCCAAAAUGGUUCGUCGCACUAUGAAAACAUGUAGAUUAAACACUAGACCAAGUUCUAAAUCAGGAG